AUGUCAUCAUUCCCAGAGAUUCAAAAAUAUAUCGAUGAAAGAGAUUUCUUGAAUGUUUUAUCAUGGUGUCAAGAAAGAGAAUUAAAAUCUCUUGAUAAACCAGAUAGUUUUAAGAAAUAUUGGGGUGUUUAUUUGAUUGCUUAUUUGAUUCAAAAUGAUAUUGUAAAUGCUAGAUUUUUAUGGCACAGAAUACCAUCAGAAGUUAAAGGUGCUGAUCAACAUUUGAAGAGUAUUUGGUCACUUUUGAAACAUCUGUCACAAUUGAACUAUCCACACAUCUAUAAAUCACUUUCAUUAAACUAUGGUUCUGAACUCACACCACUCAUCACUAUACUUAAAGGUAUUCUAUCGAUCGAUGAAUCUGAUCAUCCACCAACAAAACAAAUGACUAACCAAUCACAUUUUAUUUUUCUUAGAAACAUUCCAAAAUCCUCCUAUUUAGGUAUUUCACCAGAGGAUACUCUCACCUGUAUGUAUGCUGAUAAUAAUAAUAAUAUAUCUAACUUUUUACAUCAUAAACAAAUAACAGUUACACAAGCACAAGGAUGGACAAAAGAUACAAGCUCUGAAUCAUUGAAGCCAGUUCCAACCAAAGCAAAGGAACACCAAGUUAAAUCAGCAAAUCAUCAAAUCAACUCAUUGACCAACUUUGUACUCUUCUUGGAGAAAGAACAUAAUUUUUAA